CCUGUUUCCUCCCACAAUGCUUUGCGCUCCAAAAUAGUUGCCAGUCAUUGUAGCAAACAUCCGAGAGGACGUCAGCUUGUCCCAAUUUGUCUUUUCGCUGCGAACUUCUUCUUUUCUGAACACAUCAUGAAGGAGACCGCGGCCAAGCGGCGGGACCGAGCAGGCGGUCGAGACCGGGACUCGAAGGCCGAGAAGCCAAAGGAGGUCGGCGCCGAGCCGCAGGACGUGGAGAUGCCCGAGGCGGAGGCUGCUAGCUCGGCCAAGCAGCCCAAAGAACUGGACAGCCUCACGUUGGACGACAUCAAGGAGCAUGUAAAGCAGAUCGAGAAGGCCGUGUCGGGGAAGGAGCCGCGUUUCGUCCUGCGAGCGCUGCGAGCGUUGCCGUCCAUGAGUCGCCGCCUCAACACGCUGGUGCUGCACAAAGCCAUCGGCGGCUUCUUCACCAACAACGCUGCCACCAGAGACUUUCUGCUGGCCUUCCUGGACGAGCCCAUGGACAUGGUGGACGGAGACGUUCCGUUUCGUCCAAGGACGGGGAAGGCAGCGUCUAAUCCGCUGCUGCCGGAGGUGGAAGCCUACCUGCAGCUGCUGCUGGUGGUCCACCUGACCAACAACAAGAGGUUCACCGAAGCGCAGAAGGUGGCUGAUGACCUGCUGCACAAAAUUGCCUCCAAGAACCGCAGGGCUCUGGAUCUGGUGGCCGCCAAGUGUUAUUACUACCACGCCCGAGUCUACGAGUUCCUGGGCCAGUUCGAUACCAUCCGCAGCUUCCUGCACACUCGCCUACGCACGGCGACGCUGCGCCAUGACGCCGACGGCCAGGCAGUUCUUCUGAACCUCCUUUUGAGGAACUACCUGCACUUCAACCUGUACGACCAGGCCGAGAAGCUCGUCUCCAAGUCUGUCUUCCCUGAACUCGCCAAUAACAACGAGUGGGCCCGAUACCUUUACUACACAGGUCGCAUUAAAGCCAUCCAACUGGAGUACUCGGAGGCUCGCAGGACUCUAACCAACGCACUGAGGAAAGCACCCCAACACACUGCUGUUGGCUUCAAACAGACGGUUCACAAGCUGCUGAUCGUGGUGGAGUUGUUGCUAGGAGAAAUUCCUGACAGACUUCAGUUCAGACAGCCUUCACUCAAGAGGUCUCUGAUGCCCUACUUCCUGCUGACUCAGGCGGUGAGAACGGGCAACCUGUCCAAGUUCAACCAGGUGUUGGAGCAGUUUGGAGAGAAGUUCCAGGCUGACGGCACGUACACGCUCAUCAUCCGCCUGAGACACAACGUCAUCAAGACCGGUGUGCGCAUGAUCAGCCUUUCCUACUCCCGCAUCUCGCUGGCUGACAUCGCGGUCAAGCUGCAGCUGGACAGUCCAGAAGACGCGGAGUUCAUCGUGGCUAAGGCCAUCAGAGACUGUGUGAUCGAGGCGAGCAUCAACCACGAGAAAGGCUUUGUCCAAUCCAAAGAGACCAUGGACAUCUACGGGACCCGAGAACCGCAGCUGGCUUUCCACCAGAGAAUCUCGUUCUGCUUGGACAUACAUAACAUGUCUGUCAAGGCUAUGAGGUUUCCACCAAAAGCUUACAACAAAGACUUGGAGUCAGCAGAGGAGCGUCGGGAACGUGAACAGCAGGAUUUGGAGUUUGCCAAAGAAAUGGCAGAAGAUGACGAUGACAGCUUCCCCUGAGCUCCUCUGUUGGCUUCCUACUUGAACAGGAAGUGGUUAUUUGUUAUCCACAAACCUUUUUUUUUUUGCUGUGGUGUUUGAACCAAUAAAAGAUGUUGACUUUG